CCUUUUGCAAGCUAUGAAGAGAUCAAAGAUGAGUGUGAGAAAAGCUAUGAAGAAGCAAAACGACGUCGCGAUGAACCUUGCGAGGCACGUCUUAUCUUCUGCGUCUGAAUCUAACGCCGUCUUCUCGCCGGCGUCAAUAAACUCUGCGAUCACCAUGUACGCCGCUGGUCCCGGAGGGGAUUCAGUCGCCAGUGAAAUCCUCUCCUUCCUCAGAUCUUCUUCAAUCGAUGAGCUCAAAACCGUCUUCCGAGAACUAUCCUCCAUCGUCUACGCCUACAGCAGCGCUAGUGGCGGCCCAAAGAUGAAGGCGGCGAAUGGCCUCUGGAUUGAUAAAUCACUUCGGAUUGAUCCCAAGUACAAGGAUCUCUUCGAGAACUUCUUCAAGGCUGUUUACGUUCCAGUAGAUUUCCGAUCAAAGUCUGAAGAAGUGCGUAAGGAGGUGAAUUCAUGGGUCGAACAUCACACCAAUAAUCUCAUCAGAAAUCUUCUUCCUCGUGAAUCCGUGACAAGCCUAACGGACAAGAUUUACGCAAACGCAUUGUAUUUCAAGGGAGCUUGGGAAAGACCAUUUCAAAAGUACUGUACAAGAGACAGAGACUUCCACCUUGUCAAUGGCACUACAGUCUCUGUACCAUUCAUGACAAGCUCCGCGGACCAAUAUGUAAGAGCUUAUAACGGUUUCAAGGUCCUCAGGCUCCCUUACCGACAAGGCAGUGAUGACACCAACCGCGAAUUCUCAAUGUAUUUCUAUCUCCCGGACCAAAAAGAUGGAUUGGAUGAUCUCUUGAAGAAAAUGGCAUCUACUCCUGGAUUCUUGGAUAGUCACAUUCCGGGAUACAAAGAUGAACUUGAGGAAUUUAGAAUUCCAAAGUUUAAGAUCGAAUUCGGUUUUUCUGUUACAAGCGUUUUGGAUCGACUGGGACUGCGUUCAAUGUCAAUGUACCAUAAAGCUUGUGUCGAGAUCGAUGAAGAAGGUGCUGAAGCUGCGGCUGCAACUGCUAUUGUAGAAGAAGAUGGUUGUGCUCUUGAUAUGGAGCCGCCUCCUAAGAAGUUAGAUUUUGUGGCUGAUCAUCCAUUUAUUUUCCUUAUCCGAGAAGACAAAACCGGGACCGUUUUGUUCGUUGGUCAGCUCUUCGAACCUUCGGAAUCUUGUUCGGACUAGUAUUAACCUCGUUAUGGUUUAGUGGAAUGGUUUUGGCAAAGUUAUCACAGGUUCUGCGUAACUAUAUUUCAGUUGAAACCGAGAUUGUUCAAAAUUAAAUUGGUUCUGGCUAGUUCUGUUAGUAAACUUCAGUAUCUCUG